GACCCUGAUCACGAGGAUAUCCGACCGAGUACUCUGACAAACAUGGCCAUCGACAUCGCCGAGGGCAUGGCUUAUCUGCACAACAAGCGCCUCAUACACCGAGAUAUCGCCUGCCGCAACUGUCUGGUCGGCCGCGAUCGGGUUGUCAAGAUUGGCGACUUUGGUCUGACCAGGGAGGCCAAGAGCAACAGUCCUGAUGGCUACUAUCGAUUUACACGAAACUGUGAACUGCCAAUUCGUUGGAUGUCUCCAGAGGCCGUUCAGUUCGGCAUUUUCAGUGUGAAGUCCGAUCUCUGGUCCUACGGCAUCGUCCUCUACGAAAUGAUCACUUUUGGUGUCUUCCCAUAUGAGGGUCUGUGUGACGUUGAGGUCGUGGAACGUGUCAAGCGGAUGGAGUUCAGCAUUACGGACUUUCUACCGAUUGCCGCCAAGGAUACACCUGUGUACGUUCUCUUCCGUUCCAUUCCUUCAAAGUUGACCUUCUUGUUCUUGCGCACAUUUACCUGGUCCAUCCAUUCCCUUCCCAACACCCCUCACUUUCUGUUGGAACUUCCUGUAAGCAAUGUUGUCUUACAGUAA